AUGGCAAAGCAGAUGAAAAACAGACAGUUUGCUGAGGUCAAAGCUGAACAGGUCAUGCCAGAACAUGUAAAAGUGCAACACGCCCAAGCAGAGCUGGCAACAGCUCAGCAAUGGGCUCAAGUGGAGCAGCCCAAAGCAGACUCGGCCAAGUUAAUUUUAGCAGGGCAGACUGGUUCAGAGAAAGUCAAAACAGAACAGGCCAAAUCAGAACUAUCUAAGCAGGAGAGUGUAAAACAAGCCAACGACGAACAUAUUAAAAAGGAGAUAAGAAAAGGAGGCCAGACAGAAAAGUCCAGAGAAAAACAACCAGAGUGUGCCAGAGAGGAGCAGACAAAGGCUGAACAAAUAAGAGCACAGAAAGUAACGGACGAGCCAAGAAAUAUUACAGAGGAAACAGCGGCCGAGAACAAGAGAGACGAGCAGGGUAAGCAGGUCAAAGCAGAACAAGCUGAAGCAGAGAGGUCAAGAGAAGAACUCAUAAAAAUUGAACUGGCAAACACUGAGCAGACUGGCCAGGAAAGACUAAAGCAAACUAAAACUGAACAGGCCGCUGGAAAAGGAGUCAAUGCAGAACAAGUUAAGCAAGAAAAGGGCGAAAAAGGAAGAGGAGGAGAGAGCUGCACAAGAAGAGCAAAGAAGGAGGGCUGCUCAAAAAGAGCAGCAAAUGAGAGCUGCACGGGAAGAGCAGCAGAGAAGAGCUGCACAAGAGGAACAGCAGAGGAGAGCAGCCGAAGAGGAGCAACAAAGGAAAGCUCAAGAGGAGCAAAAGAGGCGAGCUGCACUGGAAGAGCAGCAAAGAAGAGCUGCACAGGAGGAGCAACAAAGGAGAGCUGCAGAAGAAGAACAGCAAAGGAGAACUCAAGAAGAGCAAACGAGGCGAGCUGCACUGGAAGAGCAGCAAAGAAGAGCAGCACAAGAAGAGCAACAAAGGAGAGCUGCAGAAGAAGAGCAGCAAAGAAGAGCUGCGCAGGAAGAACAGCAAAGGAGAAUUCAAGAAGAGCAAAACAGACGAGCUGCACUGGAAGAGCAGCAAAGAAGAGCUGCACAGGAGGAACAACAAAGGAGAGCAGCACAAGAAGAGCAACAAAGGAGAGUUCACAAAGAGCAAAAGAGGCGAGCUGCACUGGAAGAGCAACAGAGAAGAGCUGCACAAGAGGAACAGCAAAGACAAGCCUCUCUGGUUGAGGAGCAAAGGCGAGCUAAACUAAUGACUGAUGAAAAGAUAAGAAAAGAAGAGAAAAAUGCUUUUAUUUCAGAAGCUGAAAGGCUUA